UGCUUCAUUAGGUACAAUGAUGAUGCGUAUUCCAACUGUGGAUGCUGAGGUUGUUCUUCCUUGCAAAACAACAGAUGAUUGUGAAAACCUUCCCUGCUCGGGCGACGAAUGUGAAUAUCUUCCCUGCUCGGGAAGGCCACCUCUAUGUAUAAAGGGACAAUGCAAAUGCACCGCUUCAUUGACUCAUCAAGAAAAACUCGAUAACCUAAGGAAAAUGAAUGAUGCUAAGACAUGCAAGCAGACGAGUGAUUGCGAUCCUCGUAUGAGAUAUUCUUGUGUCUCGGGAUCUUUUAUAUGUUUGAAUGGCUUUUGUACUUGUACCUAGUACAGUAUAUUAUUAUAAACA